AUGGACACAGAGAAUCAAACCCAGGUUGGGGAGUUUAUCUUCUUGGGUCUCUCCAGAGCCCCAGGUGACCAAGCUCCCCUCUUCUUGGUCUUCCUAGCUGCCUAUUUGGCCAUCGUCACGGGCAACCUCAUGAUAUUAAUGGUGGUCCUGAUGGAUUCCCGCCUUCACAGCCCCAUGUACUUCUUCCUCAGCCACCUCUCUUGCUUGGACAUUUGUGUUUCUUCUGUCGUUGUGCCAAAGAUCCUGGUGAACCUUCUGCGCCAGAGUCACACCAUCUCCUACAACCAGUGCAUGGCACAAACAUUCUUUCUGAUUGGCUUUGCUGGGUGUGAGCCUGCCCUGUUAGCCGUCAUGGCCUAUGAUCGCUAUGCCGCCAUUUGCCAGCCAUUGCACUACAGCCGUCUCAUGAGGAACAGGCUGUGCAUCCAUCUCGCUGUGGCCUCCUGGGUCUGGGGCUUCCUGGACUCAGCGAUUCACACUGCCUUGGCCUCCAAGCUUCGCUUCUGUGGAGCCAACCAGAUUCCACAAAUCUUUUGUGAUGUGCCACCACUGUUGAAGAUCGCCUGCAGUGAUACGAGCAUCAAUGAACUGGCCACUCACAUCACCAGCAUCUUUGUGGGUCUGAGCCCCUUCCUCUUCAUCAUCUUCUCCUAUUUCUACAUCCUGGCCUCCAUUCUGAAGAUUCACUCCAACACUGGCAGGAAGAAAGCCUUCUCCACCUGUGCCUCACACUUGGUUGUGGUCACCCUCUGUGUCGGAAACGGAUUCCUAAACUACAACCGCCCAAGCACCGGCUACUCUCUGGAGAUAGACACACUGAUCUCCGCGAUGUUCUGCAUUGUCACCCCCAUGCUGAACCCCCUCAUCUACAGCCUCCGCAAUAAGGAGGUGAAGGAAGCCCUGAGGAAGCUUCUGAAUUGCCGGGGGAUAGUUUGA